AUGACCGACGUGGCUGCCAGGAAUGACGGCGACAUCUCUCCUGAAGACGUUCCUCUCCCUCGAAGCUCUAUGAUCACCGUCCGACUCUCCGAGGUCGACCUAAAACCACUUGUCCAUGCAGUCUUGGAACAAGACGCUCCUCAGGACCCGUCGGCUCCACAGAGCAGUCCUUCCUCUACACGAUCCAGUCGGUCUUCUUCGCAAACAUCAGACAGUUCUACCUCAAUCGACACUGUCGACUGGGAAGAAUUGGACAAGACUGAGGAGCAGGAAGCCAAGGAUGACGCCACUGAUGAGUCCACCGCCCUCCUGUUAGCUCGCCUAGAGAAAGAAAAUGCUGCCUUAGCAAUUGACCCUAAGGCCAACAUCGCGCCCCCGACAUCUCGGCCACGCAAAAACACCCGACCAAUGUCAGUGCAGCAGCUGAAGAGGAUGAUUGACGGGCCACAACGGCAGUCAUUGGACGAUCCCCUCCUUCCGGCUUUGCUGAUGAAGGAGGGAGAGUUCUGGGCUGUCCUCGUCCAAGACUAUGCACAAACCGCCCAGCGCUUGCCCACUCUGACAGCCAACAAGAUUCGUGGAGGGGUUCCCGUCUUCUUGCGUGGCGUUGUGUGGCCCAGUAUCGCCCGAGCUAGUGACCCUCAACUCCAUGCAGAAUAUCAUAAACUUGCCGAUCGUCCGAGUCCGUACGAUGCCUUGAUUGGGAAAGAUGUUGGGAGGAGCUUUCCAAAAGUUGAUAUGUUUCGAGAAAAGGAUGGCGAGGGCCAAAAGAUGCUGGGCCGAGUCCUGAAGGCCUUCAGUCUGUAUGAUGAGAAGAUUGGCUACUGUCAAGGCCUUGGCUUUGUUGUCGGCCCUCUACUCAUGUACAUGAGUGAGCCAGAGGCUUUUGCAGUCCUCGUCAAGCUUAUGGAGGAUUAUGACCUUCGAUCAUGCUAUCUCCCCGACUUAUCUGGCCUCCACCUGCGAAUAUUUCAAUUUCAACAACUGCUGCAAAAUCACCUCCCAGAAUUGGCACAACAUCUUGAAAACCUAAAGAUUGAACCACUCUAUGUCUCGCAGUGGUUUCUAUCCUUCUUUGCAGUUACUUGCCCCUUGCCGAUGCUGCUUCGAAUCUACGACGUUAUUCUAUCCGAGGGAGCAACCGAAACACUCAUGAGAGUGGCUCUAUCUCUAAUGCAACGCAAUCAAAAGAAGCUUAUUGCCUACACCGAAUUCGAGGACGCCAUGCAGUUCCUUCUAUCUAGGAGCCUGUGGGACACAUAUGCUCAGCGCGCAGAUGAUCUCGUCACUGACUUUGUAUCCCUGACCGGCCUGGUAAGCCAAGAGUCUCUCCAUUCGUUAGAGGCGAGCUUCAGGAACUCCCAAAAUCUAGCGCCUGCCCCAUCGCUCAAAAGCGCAGCCUCCUCCUUUUUGGGCAGAUUUUGGGCAGGUUCGUCACACAGUCCGUCCCGCUCAGCAAAUCUGAGUUUACUCAUCCCAGGAAGUAGUAAGGGGGUGAGGAAGUCGUCUUCGGGAAACAGCUUAACUUCCACGGUGAUUUCGAUCGAAACGAUUGGGUCUGACGCUAGCACAGUGGCCACAGAGGUGUCAGAGGAUGUAAUGAGGAAAUCCACAGCUGAAGCAUUGCUGAGUGAUUCGGUCAGCGUCACCGCACCAGCCUCGACAGAUCGGGACCUUCACCAUCAGAUUGAGGAAUUACUCACCGAGCUAUCCAAGGUUCAGCGACAGCAUGUUGAACUCGCGCGUGAUCUUCAACGCGAGCGGGAGGAGAGGGAGGAAGACCGCCGAAUGGGACAAGCCUUGCUGGCUCGAUUACAACACCAGACCACAGAGAUCCGAGACCUCAUUGGCGAAGAGAACAUAGAGGAAGACGAGGAGCUCGAUACGCUAAUUGAACAAGCUAGCAUGCACCUGUUGCAGGAAAAGUCCAAGCGGCUGUCCAUUCUUCAGUCCAAACACCAACUCCGCGAUGCAGUUACUGAAUGGAGGGACAAACAUGGAGCUGAAGUCUCGAAAUGCCAAGAACUGAUGAAACAGUUGGACGAUCGUGAAAGCGAGCACACUUCGCUAAAGGAACAAUUACGCGAAGCCCGAGCUCGGAUUCAAGACGCACACCGGGAUAAGCAACGUCUGGAGCGGACGGUCUCGGAUCUGAAAUCUAGGAACCACUCUGUUCCCGAGUCCCCAUCUGAUCUAUAUACGCCUGUCAGUGAAUUCCCGGAUCUCCGUCUCCCCGCUGCAAAGGCUGGCCUGCGUGAGUUACGGUUAGGCAGACCAGACCAAACCAGGUCAUCGAGUGUCGGGCCCUUUUCCAAGCGAUCAAGCAGCCUCAAUACCCAAGCAGUCCUUGCGACAGAGAAUCAUGAGCCAGUCUCCAAUGAUGCGCUCUUACUUGAAUUGGUGAACGCUAAGACAGCUGAAGCGGUCGCCCGCCAAGAACUCGAAGAAACUAAAGGGAAACUGGACGCGUUACGGAAAAUUAUCAGUGGCUCGACAUCUAUGCCCGCUGCGAGAGCUAGUCCCAUGGAAUCACCAAUUGCUGCGGCCUCGAAUAACGUCAGUCCCGGGGUGAAGGAACCCAACAAAGCGGCUCAUACUCCCUCGGCCAGUACAGGAGGGUUUUUCAGUGGCUGGGGCAAACGUGGUACUUGA